AAUUUUGUAAAGUGAGGUACCUUGUCUUCAUACUGUGCAGAUAUGCCAUCAACUCAAAAUACAGUCGCUGGACGAGAUCCGCGCUACUGUCGCCAGUGGAAGUGUCAAGUUUCUGUGGGUGAAUUAUAUCGAUGGAUUUUAGCGAAACUUUCUGAUAAAGAUAUCAAGCGGGCCCUGCACAAAUACCGAGACCUAAUGCCUAGACAGUCGGAUUGGAACAGAAAACUGACACAAGCUACGAGUAUGCCAGAGCUUGGUUUUCGAUAUCUGUAUCGAUGUGGACAGAUAGACGAAAGUAACCAUCGAACUAUGCAGAAAAUGCUAAAAUAUAUCGAUCGUCAAGAUGUGCUGCCAUAUUUUGAUACAAUUUUGUAUAAUACCAACCAUUCUAAUUGUUCUUUGGAGGAGCUACAAAAAGUUCUGUUGGAUAAAGUUAGCGUGUUUUUAGAAUAUUCUUCUACACUGUCUGAAGAAGAAGUACAUCCAGAGCCUCCAUAUGAAAUAAUACGACGCCAGCCAGUUGAGGGUUCACGAGUCACAAGAUUAAGCCUGAAAAGAAAAUCAUCUGUUGGUGGUACUGGUAAUAUUGCAUCUGUGAAGCGAGGGCGCCGGUCUACUAAUUCCUCAUCGGAGACUGGUCAAGUUAGUGAUUUCGAAAAUUCACCUCUCCGGUACUGUGGCAAAGUGCGAUCAGCGAUUAUUUCCAAUUCACUAAAUGGUCCUGUUGUGCAUACUAUGCUUUCCGCGUCACUUAUUAGCAUGCUGGCAUCUUUACAUACUACAUUAUCUCAAACAUUCGAUAAUCCCGGUGUAUCGUCUAUAACCCCUAAUGCAUCGAAUAGUAAUACAACUGGAAGUUGUAUUAGUAGUUCAAAUCCUUCUGUUCCUAAGAAUCCUUUAAUCUCUCAUUUACUGGCUAUUAUCCCACAUUUAAUUGCUGUUUCACGUGCUGCAAAUCAGUUAUCUAAUCCAAGUCUACUAUCUAAUCCAGCACUACCCUCUCGAAUAUCGAAUCUUCCAAAUAAUGUAAAUAAUAGCAAUUCAGGGAUUUUUGGUUCAAGAUUUGCUGGUAUUCAUAACAGACCGGUAAUCAAUGCGGAUAGACGGCUGCCUCAACAGGUUCAAGAUCACGUAGAUCCUGCUGCUCCGGUUCUAGAUAAUUUAAACCACGAGCAGAACGUUCAAGAUCCAAUCCACCCUAUCAUACCUGGUAUUCGUGCACCACUCAUCAACCCUCCUAACGUGGAAGCAGACCGUCCAGGUGGACUGUUGUUUGCACCUCAACCUAAUAUUGGACUUGCAGACGGUGGAUCACCUCCUGUAGUCUCUCAACAUUCGACAAAUCCCCCUGUUUUAUUAAAGCAUGUUGUUUUGUCAAGCGGAGGAAUAGGUAUUACUGCUUCGCCACAUGAUUCAGUAAUCCAUUAUUAUUGCAAUAUUAAACUGCAUGUCAAUAUUGAUUUUGGUCCUUCUACAGAAAGUUUAAGAAGAAUUCAAACAGUUCGUCAAGAUUUUUUUGAACGUCAGAUUGAUUUUUUUGUACAAGCAUCAAAUUUAUUGAAAACUCGUUCACCAAGUGAAUUUAUUUGUAAUUUACAAUUUACACGACUUAACCAACUUGAAGAUUUUUGGGCUGACUAUCAGUCAGGUGCAUUACGAUAUUAUCUCAUGUCUGUAUUGAGAAGUGAAAGGAAUCGAAGUUUUUUUGGUGAACCACCACAACAGAUAUCUUCCCAGUUCUCGUCAGUUGUCGAACAACAUGUUGUGCCUGAUGCUUUAGGUCAACAAAAUCAGGUUGCAAGUGCUGUGAAUAAUGAAGGAAUGGAUGCAGCUGUUCCUUUAGUGCCUAAUAAUGCAUCACAAAAUUCAGCUGAAAAUAAUUCUAAUGUUAUAGUCAGUAGUGGUAGUAGUUCGAGGCCAGUUGAUCCAAAAGUGUCUGGUUCCAAUUCAUCAGAAUAUUCUAAUCAUAAUCCUGCAUGCUCAACAGUUAAUCUGGCUUCAUCUUUAAAUAUGGCACAAGAUGAAAACUCACUCAAUAUGUUGACAUCUUGUAUUGAAGCACUGAAUCGUUCGUUCCAUCGUAUGAGACGUCGUGAAGUCACUAGUCCAUCUCUACCUACAGAACAAGUGAAUGAAUUUAUUAGAUUUGAAUUGAAUCUAUUUGUUUCACGUAGAGAAUAUGAAAAUGGUCGAUGCUUAUUAAUGCGUAAUUUACGUUCUAUACCGAGUUUAUGUCAGCUGGUUUCAGCAUCUUCAAUAUUAACACCAAAUACUGCUGUUAAUCCAAUCAGUACAACACCAUGAAAUCUCGAGAGAAAAAACAGAAAAAUUCUUAUGAAGUCUUUCCCGUUGAUGUUUGUUUAUUAUUUGGGAACAAUAAAACAUUUUAUUAUUCAGUUCUUCGAUAUUUUUUGUUCUGUAUAGCACCUGUACUUAUAAUCAGUUGUAUUUUUUAAAUCUUCUGUGUAAUAUGGAAUAAAACAUACAUUACUUACUUUUUAAUCUCAAUGUUGGCAAAGAGCAGUCGAUAUUUAUGUGAAAAGAAAUUCAGUCGAUCUUUGAAGAUAUUUAUCGUUUGUAUUGUUUUCUAAGUAGUUCACAAAUCUUCAUGAGAUCUAAUUAAUUAUGAUUAUUUUAAUAUUUUGAAAUUGGUUUAUUGUAAACUGCACAAAAUAUAUGACUUUAUCUCACAUUACGUUUUGGAAUAUACCUGUUUUCAAGUUGAAACUUUUAACUGUUCAGAACAGUUUGAUAUAGUUAUUGAAGCAA